GGUAAUGUCACUAGCGGCGUUUUCGUAAACUGUUCGUUUUUUUGGUUUCUGUGCUGAAACCUAUAUUUCUGGAAUUAUAGUUUAAUUGACACUUUCAACAUCAUUUUGAAUCAUAUGAAUGUGAUGCUAUAUCGUAGCAUCCUUUUAAUUUGAUUGAUUACAUGUACAAUAAUACUCAGGGGUACCGCCACCGUCUUCUUUUGAAAAUACAAUGUCUAAGUAGUUAUUUCUUUUCUCCAGAAUUUUCCAUCACGAUUGGUUUGCUUUCUGAUGUUUUUAGAAAAAAAACAUUUUUGAGAUCGUUAUACGUAAAAAUACUUUUGUGACAUAUCGACACAUAUAUGUACAUACUUGUGUAUGUCGAAACCCUACCAAUUGUGUGGAUCUUGUCGUUUAUUUUACUUCGAAUCAAUGUAUUGGGCACGGUGAGCUAUGUACAUACAUAUUGACCUUAUAGAGUCUGUGGAAGAUACAUCAAAAGUCUGACCGUAUUCCAAGUUGUUAUGAGUUCUUUUAGAUAUUAGCAGUCGUCAACAUUCGAAACACUAUUUGCACUAAAUUUCCUGCUGUGUCUUGCGUGAUCGACAACAUACGAUACUUUCAGUCUUCAGUAACAAGUGCAGGAGGUCUAUCGACCUAUAUCAAUCCUUGCAACUCGUAACACUGUCUCGUUCUGAAUAUACCAACAGAAGGUGCUGAUAUCAUGUGUUUUGGUGGAGAAUUCUAGUACUUCGCUACUCGGUUAUGUCUUUGGGUAAUGAAUGGCAUCCGUUGGUGACACACAGAUCCGAAAACAAUUACGGGCUUGCAGGCGCCGUCAGAGACGUUAUCUAAGUUUGAAAAGUUCUAAAUCUUCCAACAAAAGAAAUUCUAAUCUUGAAAGCUCUGACACAAACUCGGAGAAAGUAUACAUUGUUCAGAGUAUUCUCGAUGAAAGAAUUAUUAAAGGACAGAAAUACUACAAAGUGCGUUGGGAGGGAUUUCCACCCGAAGCAGAUAGUUGGGAACCAGAAAAAAAUCUCACUAAUGUAUUAGAUAUAAUUUCCGAGUUCCAUAGUGGCUCAAAAAGUAGAAUUUCAAAGAACUUAGAUAUACAUAAAAAUUGCCACACAGUUUUCGAAAACUCUCCAGCUUCCGUCCCAACGCCUCCUGCUACACCAUGUUCAGUACUUCAAAACUCACAUAAUCCCUUGAGAGGCUCUAGUGAAGAGCGACAGUUGAAUAAAUCCAUGAAACGUAAGCAUUUUACGAAGUCACGCACUGGCGGGAGAUAUGAAUAUGUUCCAAAACAUCAGUUAGUUGCUUCAAAGACAAAAUAUUUCGACGAUAUUCGAGAUGGAAAAAUCGACCUGUGUUCGAAUGAUCUUUAUUCACGUGUUAAAACCCGCAAGCGCUGCGCUGCUGAGUCUGCUAGCAACUCCGUAAGCAAUGAAUCUACUCAGAGUCGAAAUGGCAGCCUUCAAGGGGAGAUAGAAUUAGAAUGUGAUACUUCUAUGGAGCAUUUUUCAACAUGUUCUCCGAAACGUGACCCAGUAUCACCAUCAUUUUCAUGUUUCGGUACCAACGAAUCCCUUCGAGACUUCAGCUGCACACUUCCUAAUGAUGAGCAGAGCCAGCCCAUGUUUCCUGCAGGAGGUUCUGAACAUUAUCAUCCUGAAAUAACCAAAAAUCUAGUUACCACAAAUGUUUCUCCACCGCAUCAGUCAAAUAUUUCGAAGUUUGAUAGUAAGGCUGUUCAGUCAGAAUUCCAUCCAAAUUCUUCAAAAGGGAUAUCUUGUAACCUUUAUCUCUGUGAUUCCAUAUCCAAAGUAGAUAUUGGAUUGUCUCCAAUAUCUUCACAUCCAUUAGAUAAUAAACCACUCCGGGCGUUUGAGAGAGAAAGUACCUCUUAUUUUAAUGUUGUGGAACAACCAGGAAAUUCCCACAACCUGUAUGAUAAACUAUAUGAACGGAACGUUUCAUCACUACGCACACUUGUAAAUAUUUAUUUUAAUUUAAUUCUAUCUCAUAUUUCAAAUGAAGAUGAAAUAACCCAUAGUGAACAGCCAACCGACUUUCAUCAUGAGCUUAGAUGUCUACCGCACUUAUGUGUCUAUAAUCACUUAACCUCCAUUCAGACACCCGGUGAAUUCCUAAAUGCUAUCAAUAACCAAAGAUGGAGUCUUAUCGCCACUAUGCCCUCGAGGAACUUGUUUUCAGAAAGCUCUCAAGCUCAAAAAAGCAGUACUUAUUCGUUGUCACCAGAAAAGACGUCUGAAUCUCGCAAAAGUGAUAACAAACCGGAUUUAGAGGAAGAUAUUCGUUUCAAAGAGGAUGCGUUAUUGGCAUGUAUCACUGGGGGCGCAGGUAGACCCUUAGUUUUAGACCGACUGCUUACUUCUGGAUUGGAUCCUAAUAAGGUUAUUGAACCUAAUUCUAAAUGGCCAUUAUUAGCUUUAGCGGUUUGUUUGGGUCGUUUACAUGCUGCUCAAGCAUUACUUGAUGCAGGUGCUAAGCCUAAUUGUGUUGAACCCAACCGUCGACAACGAUCAGCUCUUGGUUUAGCGAUAGCAGCAGGAAAUGUUGAUAUGGCUAACAUGCUUAUUUUGUCUGGAGCGAACUUUUACGAGGUAGAACCCGGGACAACUGCCCUUAAUCUGAUCAUGAAGUUAUUAAAUGCCCAUUUGUCUUCACAACAAAAUCCAAAAAUUAACUAUCGUCAAAUAAAUAAGUCAUAUCUUGCUCUUGCAGAACUUCAAGAUAAACUACACAGUAUGGAUAGUCAAUUUCCUCCCGUUCCUUCACCUUCCCCACCUAAUGGACUCAAUGUCCCAAGCUUACCUAAAUCCCACAUUUUUAAUGCACUUAUAAGUUCAAGCAUGGGAAAUCACUAUGACUCUUCUCAGUUAAAUAAUAUGGAUAGCAACAUUUCUAAAUCCAGUAACGCUUUACCGUCUGUAGAUAGUUUACGCAGACUUCAUGAACUUAUUGUGGCGCACCAUGCCCGUUUAUCAGUGAGUGUCACUAAUUUAGUACGAACGUGGCUUACUCGGGCUGAUCUUGUCCAAGUUGGAUUAGUGUCACCUUGUCAGUGGAUAAGCGUACGUCAGUGUUCUGCUUCAGUAAAAUUUUCUUGGCCAAAUGAAUUAAGCAAUCAAAAGUUACAACCAAGUCGUGUAGUUGCACCCAUCUUGAUUUUAGUUCAUGGUCGAAUAGCACCUCCUGCUUGUUACGAUGUUUGGAUGGAUGAUGAUGGGCCUUGUGUUAUAGAACGCGUUUGUCUUGAUCAAACAUAUAACCAGAGGGCAUUAAAUCGAAUGCUGUUUGUAACUACGUUAUAUCCACUUGAUUGGAAUUCAUCAAAACCUCAAGAACAUGAAGUAUCAAUCGACUUCAAACCAGACAGUAUUUCAUCCAUUCAUUCUACACGUCCGACAUGUGUUGCAAUUAUGAUUAUCGCUGCUGCCCUAUCCCAAUCCAAUAAUAAGGAAAAAGUAUCACAACAGAAUGGAAACGUGAAUGCUAUUCAAUCUUCACGUUCAUCUAUAACUAACAGUCAACUGACUUAGAAGUAAUCAAAAUUCAUUUGUAUAUGCACCACGUUUAAUUAAUUUAGCCUAUUUCCUUUUUCUUCUCUAAAAAUACUCUCAGCGAAACUAGUCAAAUAUAUAUUUUUAUUAUUAUUUCACUCUGAUUGUUUGAUAAAUUUAACAGAAACUAAUUCUGAUUGACUGUUUAUACCAUAUACCUAUGUGCUUUCCUAUAUAUUUGCUCGUAGACAUCGUUUUAUUUACCGUAUACAUUGUAUCAAUAGGAAAUCAUCAGCUAUAUGUUACUUAUACACUGCUAGUAAUACAACAUUCUCCAAUUGUCAAAUGUUUUGUGCUUACCUAUGAAAAUAAGUAUACUUAUAUGCGUAUGUCAAUACUGUGAUCUAUACUGAGAUGUAUGUUUUUUUUCUUUCUGUUUACUUCAUUUAAUUUAGUUAUUUCAUGGAACUACUGGUUUUCUUACUGUUUCCUAUUGAUAUACUCAAUCAGUUUAUGCUUUGUUUAAUAUAUAUGUCAGAUUUUGCAGCUACUACCUUUCCCAGAGUUUCUCCUGAAUAUAAACUGACCCCACUUUUUCUCCUGAACUCAAACCUGUUUUUUUUGUUUUCAUUUUAAAAAUACUCACAUACACACCUUAAGAAUAAAGGAAUCUUCUAAAGUAGUCUUAUGUGGGUUUGUUCAUUAAGUGAAAAAAAUUAGUUGACAUAAAUUUUAAUAUUCUAGGUAAUCCGUUUACAUAAUAUUUUUGUUUUUGCAUGAAUCAAUUGAACUACUUGAUAUUCUAUUCUGUUACUUACAAAAGUUGUUAUUGCUAUCUUUGUUACUAGAAAUUAUUUCUCGGUUAAUCGUUUUUCUUCUGUUUCUAUUUUCGUUUUAUAUAUAUAAACAACAGGUCAAUUUAAUCAGUGCUCAACUAGUUGUGUUACUUGAUUUACUCACAUGUCAUAGUUUAUAGAACGCAAUGAGAUGUUUUUGUUUGUGGUUUCUAAUAUAUAGAUGAAUAUCUUGUAAACAUUAUACACUACAUACUUCUCCAAAUGCUCGUUUCCAAGCAGUAAUGACAUGGUUGUUACUCUCUCAUCUUUUUAAUGUUUCACAGUUUAUUGUGUAGUCUAAAUAUGAUUCUCAGUGUUCAGUAAUAUAAUUUAUUAGGACUUGGAAAAAUUAACUUGGUGAAGAACGUUGGUAGCGUUCUUGUGAAGAGUAUCAGUGACGAGUUUUACACUCGUAAUGAAGUAAAAAUAUUGAGCUG